ACCAUCUCCUCACCACCAACCCCAAUCCCUCAACCACCACUCGCUUCGCACACCUCCCAAAUCCCCAUCAAAAGGGCGCCCGCGCCCCCAUUUCUCUUCAACCAUUGCAAUGGCCGUCUCCUGCCUCCUCCUCCCCUCCUCCUCCUCCCUCCCCUCCGCCGCGGCGGCUCCCGCGUCCGCCGCCGACCCUUCUCCUCCCCGGUCCGAGCCCUCUCCGCCCCCGCUGCCCUCACCCAGGACGACCUCAAGAAACUCGCCGCCGUCAAGGCAGUCGAGUACGUCAGCAGCGGCAUGGUCCUCGGCCUGGGCACCGGCUCCACCGCCGCCUUCGUGGUCGCGGAGAUCGGGGCCCUCCUCUCCUCCGGGAAGCUCACCGACAUCGUCGGCGUUCCCACCUCCAAGCGCACCUACGAGCAGGCCCUCUCGCUGGGGAUCCCCCUCUCCACCCUCGACGGUCACCCGCGGAUCGAUCUCGCCAUCGACGGCGCCGACGAGGUCGAUCCAGAUCUGAAUCUUGUCAAGGGGCGUGGAGGUGCCCUACUUCGGGAGAAGAUGGUCGAGGCCGCCUCCGAGAAGUUCGUCGUGGUGGUGGACGACACGAAGCUCGUCUCCGGGCUUGGAGGGAGCGGGCUAGCGAUGCCCGUGGAAGUCGUGCAGUUCUGCUGGAAGUACAACCUGACGAGACUGCAAGAGCUGUUCCGAGAACAAGGCUGCGAAGCCAAGCUUCGCCUAGACGACGGCGGGAAGCCUUACGUCACGGACAAUGCGAACUACAUCGUCGACUUGUACUUCGAGACGCCGAUCAAAGAUGCCGCGGCGGCCGGAGAAGAGAUCUCGGCGUUCGAAGGCGUCGUGGAGCACGGAUUGUUUCUGGACAUGGCGACCGCCGUCAUAAUCGCGGGGAAAGACGGAGUCGCCGUGAAGGCGAAGUGAAUUCGACCGUCGCCAUUGAUUCGAUGUGCAUCGUCAAUUGCUUCUUCUAUCUGAGCAUUGAAUUGAAUGACUGUAUAUAUAGAUAUAUCGAAACUAAUUU